CGGGAACAGCUGUGGGGACCGUCUGCUUGCGGAGGGGCCUAAUCCUCGCCUCCAUGUCCGGGGUCUUUGAGCUGCAGCCGCAGGAUGGCGGCCCCCGGGUCGCCCUGGCGCCCGGGGAGACGGUGAUCGGCCGAGGGCCGCUGCUGGGAAUAACAGACAAGAGAGUGUCCAGAAGACAUGCCAUUCUUGAGGUGGUGGGUGGUCAGCUUCGAAUCAAACCGAUACACACAAGUCCAUGUUUUUAUCAGUCUUCUGAGAAGAGCCAGCCCUUACCAUUAAAGACAAAUCUUUGGCACUGGUUGAAUCCUGGAGAUAGUUUUUCUCUAUUAGUUGACAAAUACAUUUUCCGUGUUUUCUCUACAUAUUCUGAAACAGAAUUGGAAUCUACUUUAAGAAACAGCCAAAUGCUUGAUGAAGAUGAUACAUUGAAUGAAACACCAGAACCAUCCUUGGUGAAUUUGCCUAACGAGACAAGUGGUGCACCACAGCUGGAAAGAAGCGCAGAAAUAGCAGCGACUCAGACUUCUACCACACAGAGUGUGUCUUUCCUAGGUGAAUGUUCAGACUUCAGUAAGCAGCAGUUAAACCCUGCCCAGAGGAAAAGAAUCCUUCCAGCGUGGAUGUUAACAGAAAAUAUAGAUAAUGUAAUCCAGGAAAGUGGAAGAGAAGGAGCCUGCAAAGGUAGAACCCGAGUAAACAUAACACAGCAAGGAAGAAAGCGAUUAAUUUCACCAGGAAGCUCAGAAAGUACAUCAGCAGAGCAAGACACAGGAAAAAAGUGUAAAAAUGCUGAUCAGAAAGAAUCUGUCAUUUCAUCCAAGCAAAUGCCACAAUCAUUUUCUGCAAUCACAUUAAGUAACACAGAUAUGAAUAAUACAAAGACUUAUGUGCAGAGAAAUGAAAUCCCCCUAGAGGAACUUGGUAAAGUUUCUGAACAUAAAAUCAUCACUAAAGGAACACUAAAUAAAGAAGGAAUGAGCUGUUCUGAGAGUUGUUCGAGUGCCCAAGGCACGUCCUUCCAUGGUGAGGGUCGAGGAUCUCAUCCUGAGAGCAGCUCUGGUCCUGCCAGCCCCGAAACUUUGCAUGCAAAGGCAACUGAUUCAGUUCUACAAGGUUCUGAAGAAAACAAGGUCAAGAGGACAUCCUGCAUGUAUGGGGCAAACUGCUACAGGAAGAAUCCUGUCCAUUUUCAACAUUUCAGUCACCCUGGUGAUAGUGAUUUUGGAGAUGUACAAGUCACCUGUGAAGAUGAGGCUGAUGACCGACCUGAAUGUCCUUACGGAAAAUCUUGUUAUAGGAAGAAUCCUCAGCACAAGAUAGAAUAUAGGCACAGUACACUUCCAGGGAGAAGCAUUGCCGGUGAAGACACUGGGCAACCCAAUGAGCAUGGCCUGAACGACAGCUUUCUAGAUGCUGAGGAAGAAGAGUAUGAGCCCACAGAUGAAGAUUCUGACUGGGAGCCGGGAAAGGAGGAUGAAGAGAAGGAAGAUGUAGAAGAGCUUUUGAAAGAAGCAAAAACGUUUAUGAAAAGAAAAAAGUAACUUUUUUCUGCAGUAAUACAUGGCUCACGUUUACUCUUUAUGGAAAAACAUUCAGGAACUAAGGAGGCACUUAAAUGAUAACUGUUUUCCUUUCUAUAGUUAUGACUUUACUAUUGAUUCAUUGCAAAUGAAACACUGAAAUGUCAGCCUUCAGUGUAGUGUAUGGAAUUUGUUUUGUCGCUUUGCUUUUUCUAUCCUAUUUAAAGCAUCUAGAAAUGGAAAGUAGAGUUAAAGAGCAGUAAUUGAUAUUUUUCACGUACCUUGUCUGUUGGUUAUAAAAAGCCAUAGGUUGCACAAAACUUUGGUCUUUUUUUGUUGUUGUUUUCCAAAGAUUCUGUCCUUAUUGAAAACUAUGCAAGUAUAACCAGGCAAAUUACAUCAUGGGUGGAAAAGCAUGCCUCUUUUCAUUGCUGUUGAAGUAAUUCUUCAAGCAGGACCAGGCUUUAAAAAAUGACAGCCAUCAUAUAAUAGCUAUUAUUUUUGUAGUAUCCUAGAUACAAGCUUUGCACUUCAUUUACUACUUUUACUCUGAAACCUGGGGAAAUUAGUACCAAAAUGGAUACCAAAAAUAGAUUCAAUAAGGCUAUAGAGGAGAAAUGUUUACCACAGAGGGAAAGUUAUUUUGUGCCCCAAAAAACAAAUCUAACCAACGUGGAAUUUUGAACUAUC